AUGUCUGUAUCAGAUGAUGGAGAGAAGAUCUAUGUGGCAAUGCCGAUUUCCCCACGUGGUUCAGAUGGGCUGUUUACCACGUUUACGGAAGUGGUGUUCUCGGUCUCGCGAGACUUCGGUGAAAGUGGACAGCGCUGCAAGACAUCUCAGUUUACCCCACACCUGACAUCCUUCACCUUUCUGAAUGAUAAUUUUUCGUUUCUGGCUCGAGUAUUGGAAAAGGGGGAGGACUUUCCCCGACUGUGGCUCCAGAACUUGGUCAAUUCUGUCUCCAGACUGAAGCUUGUGCCAGUCCAGUUGUCCAUCACUGUAUCUGCUCUCUUUGUGUUGUCACCAGGGAAACCCUGGGCUGACCAAUCACUGAAGGCCUUACAAGCAAUCUCCAAGGCUGAUCAUAAACAGGCAUGCUACUUUUUACCCCUGUACAUCUACCAACUGAACAAGUACAUCCACCCAGAGUACAAGCUCAGCAUCAUGAAGGCUGUCCCUAGCGUAGCGCAACACAAGUUCAGUAUCCCUCCUGUCUUAAGGACCAUACAAACUUUCGGAUCCACUCCUCGUUUGAAGGCUCUGUCCAUACAGUUGCUGGUGGACCUCUGGAAGCUACAAGACAGGUGCUUCCCGUACCUUCUGAAGGCCAUUUCGGAGCCAGCGGAAGCCAUACUGACUAAGGAAGGGGUGGACGAAGUGAAGCUGGCAAAAGCCAAGGCCAUUAGGGAUGUCUGCCUACUCAGGGGAGAGCAGCAUGGCAGUGAUAUGUUGUCUCCCUUGUCAGAAUUACUGGAAAACUCCAUACAGGAAGUGGAUUCUCCGGUGGCCUCCCUUGCCUUAGAGGGGCUUUACUACUUGUGUAAAGAUGAAGUGAUUGACAUCCUUUCAGCGUGGUCUGUGUUAGGAGAAAAACUUACUCAUGAUUCCAGAUCGAUAGUUCAGGAGAAAAUCUGCAAGCUGUUCUCUUUACUACCAGAACUGGAAGUGAAGACAGAGGAAUUUGAGAGGUUCCAUCAGUAUGCUGUGUCAGCCCUCUGGCUCUUUGUCCAAGGCAGUGACCCUGAUGUUAGCAGGGCUGCCUUCAAAGCUCUGUCACAGUUUGACAUCAAAAGUUUUAGCCUUGCUCACAUCCCAGUCAAGGUAAAAGAGGACAUUGUUAGACAGGCUCAGGUCGCCAUUGAUAGGGGAGAUAAUCCCGACCUGACGGUAGAGGAUAUCGUUAAGGAAAUCCCUGGUAUCUGUUACACACGGAUGCUGGGGAUAAUCUCACCAGAGGUGUAUGAAG